AUGGCCUCGUCCACCUCGCAAACGUCUGAACAAAGUGAGAGUCAAUCAUUGCGAUCUAACACACCAAGUAAACCGCAUGGCUCUGAAGCCAACGCAGCCCCAGGAUCUCCAUCAGAAUCCCCCUCGAUCCCAAGACCCGACAUAAGCCCUGCAUCAACUUACCAAGUCCUGCAACGUCUCGGGAGCACCUUCUCACACGUACAGUAUGCUGUUUGCGGCGACGCGGCGCUGAUAGCAUACGGCCAUGACACCCGCUCCGUGUCUUACGUCACAAUCAUCUGCCCGGCCUACGCCCAAGAGGUCAUGAAGGCCUGGGCAGCUGCUACCAGCGGCAUGCUCAACUACCCAGGCGAACCAGACACCCUCGGCGUCUCCGACGAAGAAGGUCAGGUGUGGCCGGUGAAGAUGAGGACCAUGGCGUUUGAGCGCAGCUUUGAGACGCUGCCAACUGUGAGUCUCUGUUUCGGUGACGACUCCUCUUCCACAACCAUCUUGACCAUGCCGGCUCUGGUUAACGAGAUUGCGCUUUCGUAUGUUGUUGACAGGCAUAUAGAGGAAGAGGGGUUCCUGGAUGAGCUUGCAGUAGACCUGGUCUGGCUGUUGCAGAAUAUCAUCGAAGACGGCAGUCCAAAGCAAACUCUCAAUGCGCAGAGCGCACCCGCCAUCAGCAACCCUAUUUUCUGGUAUGAUUUUACAGAUGCGUAUCCCGAACUAGCUGGACUUUUCUACGAUGCUGGAUAUCGACCUGAGGGGUCUGAGGUAGAUGUGAGCCAGCUACAAUCUUUACCGCUGAGAGAGAUCAUUGCGAGAGGUAGGAGUCGUCCUGGCGGCAAGCCCGAUGCCAAGCUGCGGCGCCAAGUGCUGGAGGGGCCGAACUUGACUAGGGCGGAGCUGAGGAAGGUGAUUCGGGAUCAUCCGUCGUCCAGGCGCAGGUCAUCGGGUCGUGGAGAUGUGGAUGACCAAUCAAGGACUCCUCGUUCCUACAGCCCACCUGUUUACUUUGAAAUGACUUCCCCAUCCCUUUGUAGUGUCAGUCCAAGUACCGGUAUGACCCGUGAGUAG